UAGAAGGUACCCCCAAUUCCCCAAGUCCCCCAAUCCCCCGCCCCGCCGCCAUGUCGUCCACGCCGCCGGCCGUCGCGUCCCCCGCUUCCGAGCAAGCCAAAUCCAAGAAGAAGAAGCACAAGUCGAAGGACGCCGCUGCCGCCAUCGAUCCGCCAUCGCUCGCCGAGGCCGAGGAGAAGACCGAUGGCUACCUAAUCAAGCCCCAGUCCCUGGUUCCGUCCCUCGACGCCUCCACAUGGCCGCUCCUCCUCAAGAACUACGACCGCCUCAACGUCCGCACCGGCCACUACACCCCUCUCCCCUCCGGCCACUCGCCGCUCAAGCGUCCCCUCGCAGAGUACCUCCGGUACGGCGUCAUCAACCUCGACAAGCCAUCCAACCCGUCCUCCCACGAGGUGGUGGCCUGGAUCAAGCGCCUCCUCCGCGCCGAGAAGACCGGCCACAGCGGCACGCUCGAUCCCAAGGUCACAGGCAACCUCAUCGUCUGCGUCGACCGCGCCACGCGCCUCGUCAAGUCGCAGCAGGGCGCCGGGAAGGAGUACGUCUGCGUCGCGCGCUUCCACGCCGCCGUGCCUGACACGGCCCGCGUGGCGCGCGCGCUCGAGGCGCUCACGGGCGCCGUCUUCCAGCGCCCGCCGCUCAUCUCCGCGGUGAAGCGCCAGCUCAGGGUGCGGACCAUCUACGAGAGCAAGCUGCUGGAGCACGACCCCGAGCGCCACCUUGCGGUGUUCUGGAUCUCCUGUGAGGCAGGUACCUAUGUCCGGACUCUCUGUGUGCACCUUGGCCUGCUCCUUGGCGUCGGCGCCCAUAUGCAGGAGCUGCGCCGUGUCCGGUCGGGGAUCCUGGGGGAGCAGGACAACAUGGUGACCAUGCACGAUGUGAUGGACGCGAUGUGGUCGCUCGACAACCACAAGGACGAGUCCUACCUGAGGCGCAUCGUCAUGCCGCUUGAGGUACUGCUUACUAGCUACAAGAGGCUUGUUGUGAAGGACUCUGCUGUGAAUGCUAUCUGCUAUGGUGCUAAGCUCAUGAUCCCUGGGUUGCUUCGGUUUGAGAAUGAUAUUGAGACUGGAGAGGAGGUUGUUCUGAUGACAACAAAGGGGGAGGCCAUUGCUAUAGGUAUUGCUGAGAUGACCACUGCUGUCAUGGCGACUUGUGACCAUGGUGCGGUCGCAAAGAUCAAGAGGGUUGUGAUGGACAGAGACACAUACCCGAGGAAGUGGGGGCUUGGCCCAGUGGCCCUCAAGAAGAAAAAGCUGAUUGCUGAGGGCCUCCUUGAUAAGCAUGGGAAGCCAAAUGAGAAGACCCCAGCUGAGUGGCUCCGGAAUGUGGUGCUUCCCACUGGCGGUGAUGUAUCGAUUGCUAGCAUUGCAGCUGCUCCUGAGCCAGAGAAGGCAAAGGUGGAACAAGAUGCUGUCGGCGGUGAAGAGGUCAAGGAGAAGAAGAGGAAGAAGGAUGAGGAGAAUGAUGAUGGUGAUGCUUCCAUUCCUGUGAAGAAGAUCAAGGUUGAGGAAGCUGCUGAGGUAGUGGAAGGGGAAAAGAGUGAGAAGAAGAAGAAGAAGAAGAAGAAAGAUAAGGCUGAAUCAGGAUCGGCGGAACUGAAGGAGGAGAAGGUUGAUGUGGCUGACGAGAAGGAUGGAAGCGAAAAGAAAAAGAAGAAGAAGAAGAGCAAGGAAGGAAGCGAUGUCACGGAUCCAGAGAUUGCUCAAACCCGAGACAGCGCGGAAUCUGAGAAGAGCGAGAAGAAAAAGGAGAAGAAAAAGAAGAAGAGUCGAGAUGCAGAGGAGGCGCAGUAGGUACAACUAUACUCUACCGCGGCUGGUUGUUUACUUUUUUGAAGUUGCAGGGGGCGGUGCUGAUGUUUUCAUUGGAACUCUUGAAAAACGGUGGCUGUAUUGUUGUUUCUGUUAUCAUACAAUGCAGUGAGGUUUUGAUCUCUUCACAGCUUAGCUGUCCAUUGGGUCGAUAACUUUCGAGCUUGCCAAACUGUGAUACUCUGCUGUGUUAAAGAGCUCAAGUAACUGUGAUACCUUGUUGCA